AUGAAUUCCAAUAAAGAACAAGAUGAAGAUAAGUCUUCGAAAAUUAAGGAAAUAUACAGAUAUAAUGAGAUGUCUAACAAGGUCCUCAAGGCAGACAAAAAUUUGCAGUCCAUACAAUCAGAUCCUCUGAGGGAUGCCGAAUUGUCACACCCAAAGUCAAUGAAGGGGAAGAUAUCAUACAAAGAUAUGGGAAGUAGUGUGAGACAGGAUCUUAACACCAGUGAGAGGGAAGUUGCUGAAAGAGAAGUCAGUGAAGCUUCAAUAAUAAAAAAGAAAGAAGAAAACAAAUAUAAACUGGGCCUUUAUACAGCGAAUAAUUCUACGCUUUUAGGAAAUAGCAACCAGACCAACUUGAUGUAUCAUCCUUCCACAGAGGAGAAUGCUACCAUAUACAGAAAGAUUUUAGAAAAAGUCAUGGAUAUUCUAGGAGAUGAUAUGCCACAUGAUGUAAUAUCGGGAACUACCGAUGUAAUAAUAACGACUCUUAAGAAAGAUGAAGAUAAUUCUGAUGGGCUAGUUGAUAAGAAGAGAUUGAAUAUAAUAUCUGAAUUGGGAAUCGAAAUAAAUAAAUCUCAAUUUUCCGAGUUAUUUAAAGAUGUAAAGUCCAUCACAGAUUUCCACUUGGAGAAACCUUCUCAUAACACAAAUGAAGUUGUAACAAUAUUAGCAAACAGCGAUGACGAGGAUAAUGAAGAAGAAUUAAAUGUACUUGAGCAAGAGGUUAACAUGGAGGAGCAUGGAAUCGAUGAGAUAACUAUUAGCAAAAACAAAGCACAUGUCUCAGUACCUCAAAUAGAUUCCACAGACGUUCUUACGAUUUCUGGAAAUGGUAUGUCAUUUCCACGAAUUGCUAACAUUAACAAUGAGUACUUAAAGACAAUAUUAGGAAAUUCGUCGAAUUCAGUUAGCGCACAAUUGCUUGAUAUAAUUUCAAAUCAUCAAUAUGACGAAGAAAAACUCAAGAAACGUGUAACAAAACAGUUUGACAAUGCUAGCGCUACAGUGAUAGAUUAUAUUAUUACUAACAGAUCAAGCAUAUAUUGGGGGUUGAGGUUAAGUACGUGUGAUAAACAAAAUACUUCGAAGGUACUCAAAGAAAUGAGAGAAAAAGGUUUGAAUGAUCUUGUAAAUGAAUAUGAAAUAUCCCUAAAAGAAAAUGGUAAACGAGCUCGUGGAGAUACAGAAGAAGAGGAAGAAGAAGAAUAUGAAAAACUUGAAGAAGAAGAUAAUAUGAAUUUGUUGGCAGUUUCUAAAAAACAAAAAUCAAUAUCAACAAAGGAAUUAGCACUGCUAGACCUAGAUACGAUUAAAUUUGACCAAGGAUCUGAACUUAUGACAAAUACUAAAGUAAAAUUGCCCAAAGGUUCAUUUAAGAGAAUGAAACCCGAGUACGAUGAAAUCCAUAUACCGCCACCUCCAAAAGCUGAAAUAGAUUAUGAUUUGGUUCCGAUAACAUCAUUACCAAAUUGGGCUAGAAAGGCAUUUCCGUCAGGUGAAACAGAAACAUUAAAUGCGGUGCAAUCGAAAGUAUUUCCAAUUGCGUUUAAAAGUGACCACAACAUACUACUGUGUGCGCCAACAGGUGCAGGUAAAACAAAUGUGGCAAUGUUGACAGUUUUACGAACGUUAACCAAUUACUAUAAUGAGUCGACUGAUACUUUUAAACUCAACAAGUUUAAGAUAGUGUAUAUUGCACCUCUAAAGGCGUUAGUACAGGAACAAGUAAGAGAGUUUCGAAGAAGAUUGUCUCCAUACGGUAUAAAGGUUUCAGAGUUGACAGGUGACUCGAGGUUAACUAGACAAGAAAUUGAAAAUACUCAGAUCUUAGUGGCUACACCUGAGAAAUGGGAUAUUGUAACAAGAAAAGCAAGCGAUAAUUGGUACACAGAUUUUGUAAAGCUACUAAUAAUAGACGAAAUUCAUUUAUUACACGAUGAGAGAGGCCCGGUCCUUGAAUCAAUCGUUGCAAGGACAUUGAGAUCUAAUGAUUAUGUGGAUAAACCAAGAAUUAUCGGUCUUUCAGCGACGUUACCAAACUAUACGGAUGUUGCAGCUUUCCUGAGAGUACCCAAAGAGGGAAUUUUCUAUUUUGAUGCAUCAUAUAGACCAUGUCCGUUGUCACAACAGUUUUGUGGGAUUAAAGUGGAAAGCUCCUUAAAGAAAAUUAAUGCUAUGAAUUUUGCAUGUUAUGAGAAAGUUUUAGAAUCGCUCAAGGAGGGGAACCAAGUAAUAGUAUUUGUUCAUUCAAGAAAGGAAACAGGAAGGACUGGUGACUACCUGAUAAAGAAGUUCAUCGAAACGGAAAGUACUGAGAAGCUUAUAAGUAGUGAAGCUGGCUCAAAAGAAAUUCUAAAUUCUGAAUCAUCAAAUAUACUGGACCCUAAUUUAAAAAAAUUGGUUACGUAUGGUAUAGGUAUCCAUCAUGCAGGGCUAUCAAGAGAAGAUAGAUCUACAUCAGAAGAUAUGUUUGCAGAUGGUCUGUUGAAAGUGCUGGUUUCAACAGCUACUCUGGCAUGGGGUGUUAACUUACCGGCCCACACUGUCAUUAUUAAAGGUACCGAUAUAUAUUCACCAGAACAAGGUAACUGGGUCAGGUUAUCGCCUCAAGAUAUUUUGCAAAUGUUGGGUAGAGCAGGUAGACCAAGAUAUGACACGCAUGGUGAUGGUAUUAUUAUCACAAACCAAUCUGAUAUACAAUACUACUUAGCAGUACUAAACCAACAAUUACCGAUUGAGUCACAAUUAAUCUCAAAAGUAGUAGAUAAUUUAAACGCUGAGGUAGUUUCUGGUAACGUAAAAUCUUUGACAGAAGCUGUGGAUUGGUUGAGCUAUACCUACUUUUAUGUGAGAGUACUUAUGUCACCCGAACUUUACAAAGUUCCACAGGCAGAAAAUGACGAAACAUUGAUGCAAUUUAGAAAGCAACUGAUGCACACAGUAUUCUGUGUAUUGGCUCAACAAAACCUUCUAGUAUACAAUCAAGAUACUGGAGCAGUAAUACCUACAGAACUAGGUAGAAUUGCGUCGUAUUUUUAUAUCAAAUAUGAAUCUAUGCACAGAUAUAACCAGGAAUUAUCUGAAAACGCUUCACUUAUGGACAUCCUUGGAAUUUUUUCAUUAUCUGAUGAAUUCAAGUACUUUACUAUUAGACCUGAAGAGGUUAGAGAGAUACAUGAGUUAUUUUCCAGGGUGCCAAUUCCCAUCAAGAGCGAAAUCGAGGAAGCUUCAACAAAAGUGAAUGUAUUACUUCAAGCAUAUAUCUCAAAUCUCAAAUUAGAAGGGUUUGCGCUUCAUGCAGAUAUGGUUUUCAUCCAACAAAGUGCAGGAAGACUUAUUAGGGCCAUGUAUGAGUUAUGUUUAAAAAAAAAGUGGUCCACUCCCACAAAAACAUUACUGGCUCUAAGUAAAUGUGUUAGUAGAAAAAUAUGGGUUACAAAUUCUCCUCUAAGGCAAUUCAGUCGUUGUCCAACCGAAGUUAUUAAGAAAGCAGAGUCUUCAAACUUACAAUGGAAAGAGUAUUUAUCACUAAAAUCACCUUCAGAAGUCGGACAUUCAAUUAGACUCGAAAAGUAUGGGAAAUUGACGUACGAUCUGCUUCAGAGAUUCCCGAAAGUUAAGAUGGAAUGUGUUGUACAACCGAUAACGCCUAGUUUAUUGAAUUUCCAAGUGGCGGUGAACCCCGAAUGGAUAUGGGAUGACAAUAUCCAUGACUCGGCAGAGCCAUUUCUCAUUUUGGUCGAAGAUUUAUCAGGGACCGAAAUUUUGUAUUCUGAAUCAUUGAUAAUCAGAUCUAACGCCGUUAACAAAGAAAUAAUGCUUGAUUUUUGUGUUCAAUUAUCAUCGAAUCAACAAAAACGAAUGCCACCUAAUAUUUUCGUCUCAAUUAUAUCAGAGAAGUGGCUACAGUGCCAAGAGGAGAUAGCAAUUCGUCUUGAUGAUGUUACCUUGCCAAAAAAGUUUCCUGCAACGACCACACUGGAAGAUAUGGAAUUGAUCGAGACAUCAUCAUUAAAUGAGACGUUUGGUUCAAUUUUCGAUUUUGAUAGAUUUAAUUUGAUUCAAUCAAAUGUUUUCGAAACAUUGUAUAACAGCAAUGAAAAUAUAUUUAUUGGAUGUUCGAAAGGAUCUGGUAAGACUGUAAUGGCUGAAUUAGCAAUAUUGAAUCAUUGGAGGCAGAAUGGUGGCCGAAUAAUAUAUCUGACACCAUCAAAAACAAAGAUUCAUAAAUUAACGAAGUAUUGGUCAAAGAAAUUCGAGGGCAUUGCAGAUGGAAAGACAAUCAGUGAAUUAACAGACAACAUUUUAGAAAACAAUCGUAUACUUGGUCAAAGUCACCUUACAUUGGCAACCCCUAAUCAGUUUGAUUUAUUAUCGCGCAAAUGGAGACAGAGGAAAAACGUUCAAAGAAUUGACCUUAUGAUAUUCGAUGACAUCCAUGAAAUGAGUAGCGGUAUUAGUGGCUCAAGUUAUGAAAUACUGAUAUCGCGAAUGAUGUUCAUUGCGUUUCAAUUAGAGAAAGAACAAAGAAUUGUUGCUUUAUCCUCUCCGAUAGCAAAUAGUAGAGAUUUUUCAGAAUGGAUGGGAAUAGAUAAAACUAAUAUAUUCAAUUUUUCAACCAUGGAAAGGAAUGAGCCCAUAACAAUACAAAUAGAAGUUGAAGAAGAGCUUUCCAAUGAUAAUACGCCAAGAAAUUUAGUCAACAAAAUUUUCGAAGUAUCUCAUGAACAAAAUAAUAGCCCUAUCAUAUAUCUACCAAAUCGGAGAACCUGCAUCAAUGUUGCUUCUCAUUUGACCUCUACAGCAAAUAGAAGGAAUAUUGAUAUCCAGAAAGUAGACGAAGAACAAAUGAAGGGAUAUGUGAAAAACGUUAAAGAUAAACAACUUUUGAUUGCGCUUUUAAAUGGAAUAGGGUUUAUAUACCCUGAAAUGAAUAAGAUAGAUCGUAGCGUUACCGAAAAACUCCUAAAUUCAGGUGCUCUUUCAUUUUUACUAGUAACUAGGGAUUGUUGUAAAGAUACCUUGAAAUCAAAAUUAAUUAUUAUUUGUGGUACAGAAUCAUACAAUCUAAGAGACCAUCAUUCAAAUAAUUAUACUGCAAACGAAGUAUUAGAGAUGGUGGGUAAUUCGACAGCCCAGGGGACAGGUAAUGCUAAGGUUAUUAUUUAUACUACUCCCUCAAGAAAGUAUUACUAUAAAAAAUUUUUACAAGAGCCUUUACCAACAGAGAGUUUCCUCUACUUUAACUUCCAUGAUAUAUUAAUUAACGGAAUUAGUAAUUCUAUUAUCGAAACAAAACAGGAUUGUGUGGAUUGGUUGACCUAUACAUAUUUUUACAGAAGAAUCCACGCAAAUCCUACUUUUUACGGUGUAAAAAACUCCACCGAAUAUGGCAUAUCUGCCUAUCUGACCGAACUCGUAGAGUCUACUCUAACUGACCUAUCUGACCUCUCAUUGAUAGAAGUGAACGAAUCACACCAAGAGAGAACUGAAAACGACGAAGAGGACGACGAAGAGACAAUAUCACCUUUGAACGGGUGUUUGAUUAGUGCCUACAAUAACGUAAAUUUUAUUACAAUGCACUCUUUUAUCACAAAUUCCACAAAAAAUGCAACCCUGGGCCAGCUUCUGGAGAUAUUGUCAACAGCUAACGAAUUCGAGAAUAUUCCUCUCAGAGUGGAAGAUUAUGCAAAGCUAUUGAAGUUACAGGGACUCCUUCCCAUCAAAUUUAAGGGUUCUAUGGAUUCUGACUCUACAAGCUUCAAAGUGUUUAUACUUCUUCAAGCUUAUUUCUCAAGAAUUGAAUUACCGUUCAAUCUGAAGCUAGAUUUAAAUCUCAUACUACACAGCGUAACUACAUUAGUCAGUGCCUUUGCAGACGUACUAGCAGGUAAUGGUUUCUUAAAUGCCACAACUGUAAUGGAUAUAUCUCAGAUGCUAACUCAAGCGGUAUGGGAUGUAGAUAAUCCGUUAAGACAAAUUCCAUACUUUGAUGAAAAUAUUCUAGCAAAGUGUAAAGAAAAAAACGUCGAGACAGUCUAUGAUAUAAUGGCUUUAGAAGAUGAUGAACGUGACGAUCUUCUAACAAUGGAUAUAGAUAAAGUGAUGACGGUUGCAAAUUUCAUCAAUAAUUAUCCUAAUAUUGAAAUGAAAUAUUCGAUGGAAAACACUCAAAAUAUAGCUGUAAACGAGCUAAACAAACUCUUUGUAACAAUUACUAGGGAUGACGAACCCGAAUCACUAUCUGUGGUUUCUGAGAAAUUCCCAGUCGAGAAAAAAGAAGGUUGGUGGAUUGUAGUUGGUGAGACGUCAACCAGAGAACUUUACGCUAUGAAGAAGGUAUCAUUAAAAGAAGAACUUAACGAAUAUCAAAUAGAAUUCAUGUUACCAAACUCCGGUAAUCAUUCUAUAACUCUAUGGUGUAUUUGUGAUUCUUAUGUUGAUACUGAUAAAGAAGUGACAUUUGAGGUUACAGUUAAAUAA